AUGCCUAACGAGAAGAAACAAUGGCGGAAACGGUCGGACGAAAGGGAAAGCGCAGUCUCGCCUCAUCGUAAUAAACAAACGAAUAUGAGCGUUGUCGUCCUGCGAAUUGUUGCGUCGCUCCUCUUCUUGACCUUUAUUCAAAGGUAAUAAUCUGUUUUCCAUCUUCUCGAGAUUUGAAGAGUUCAAGAUGCGAAUGCGGCUGCCGCACGGUUUAUUGUCCGCAGAUCAGCAGCACUCUUUUCCCAUGCGACAAUUGUCACACUUGCCUUGAAAAGUCCAGCAGGUUCCACUUGUUUAUCGAUUUCGACAAGUAGAGAAAUAUACAGUUGAUCUUGUCGUUCUGGUCCACAGUCCAUUUCUCACUGCCUUCGAAUAAUCUGAGAAGAAUUUUUGAAGCUCCUUCAGGCUUCGAAGGACCUUAAUUUUUAAAAAAUAGUUUGAAUCGGCUUUUUUUCGAAACAUUUUGGUUCCCUCAACAUGGAUCUCACCAAACCAAGACUAUAUAAAAAGAAAAGGUCUUUUGAAAAUCAUUUUUGCACUUUUCUGGUAGCUGAUUCGGCUCUUUCAAAGCUUGAUUCUCCGUAUUUUUUAAAUGUUGGAGCGAUUUUAAACCAAGACAGUGGGCACACUUUGCUAAAAUAGAUUGGUUAUGUAUUUUUUUUUUUUGACUCACUCUCUUUAAUUAAAUCUAACUUUUUCUCUACAUAGAUAGACUACAAGCAGAAAAACAUAACUUCAGACUUUGCUUCACUAGCAACAAUGCGACUUGUGGCUGCGCCACGGCUGUACCUGCCGAAUGCACCCGAAAUCCUUCCAAUACCACCGCUCCUUUUAUUUUCUGCUUCAUUGCUGGUUUUUAAUUCAUUCGUCCAUUUUUUUCAUGUCGGAUAACUCCAGACGAUGCCGCAAUCCCGGUCCCUGAAGUGAAAGUACACGAGGGAAGUUUUGUCUCGGCGGUGGUUCCUCGAUUUUUCUCCAAUCCGCCGUUUGACGUCGUCAAACCAUCUUUUCUCUACCUUUUGGCGUCUUUUCCGAAGGUUUUGAUUUAUUCUGUCUAAUUUCAUUCCAAGUUAGUAACUCUCAAAUUCAGGAAGGCUCUCAAUGUAAGUCGAUCGGCCACAUUGAGGCCUAUGAACGUGGGGCCGAAUGUCUACUCAGAAUUCGACUUCAUAUGCCAUCUAUCGACUACACUGGCCAUGAUGUUGGUAUUUGAAAGUUCAAGAAGAAAUCCCGUCGAAAAUAUAGUCCUACAAAUAUUUUUCCAUGAUAUCUUUGAUUGGCUGGUCACGCCCUUUUUUGAGAGUCCAGUCAAAAAUUUUUUGGUUGAUACUAACUUCAAAAGUGAAGGAAAAGGCUGGAAGCCAAGAAUCCGAAUCCGAAUCUUCGAGACUUCAAUAUUUGAACACUGGAGUGCGAUUGUAGAAAAGAGCUUCUAAAGAAAAAAAAAACUUCGCUUCUCAUUUUUGAACGCUCUCUAGAGUCCACAGAUUCAGGAGCAGACUCGAAAUAAACAAAAAUUCAUUUUUCUCUUCAAAAAUUGCUUUUUUCAGAACUAUUAUUACGACGAUAGAUCCCCGUUAGAGACUCAGUUAUCAUCAGAUCUAUUCGGCAAGAAAAAAAGCUUGCGAUUCUGGUCUGAAGUCACCUUGACAAGAAAAGACACGGUUUUUGAAAAUCCUUCUCUUUUAAUACGAAUCUCUCAAAUUCAGGUAAAAGACGGACACGUUCACUUUGCCAGCGUCCUCAAGUCUCCUUCCACAACUGUUGGUAUUUCUUAA